GCGAGUUGGCAGUUGGCGACCCCCCUCGAAUCCCCCUUCUGCUGCCGGCGCCCUGUGGCCUUGGGAGGCUCGGCGAGCCGGCGAGUAGGCUCCAAAUGUUUUCCAUAUUUGUUCAGCCUCCGUAAUUCGAAUACCAGGGCAGGCUCGGCCGGCCGCGCGCCGCGCUCCGGGCCCAGGGCGCCGCACACGCAGCCGCCCGCCCGCCCCUGCAGCCGCCAUGGGCAAGGACAAGCGGCCCCGCGGCCAGCAGAGGCAGGGGGGGCCGCCGGCCGCAGACGCCGCCGGGCCCGACGACAUGGGGCCGAAGAAGAAGGGCACGGGGGCCCCCAAGGAGCGCGGGGAGGAGGAGGCCCAGACGUGCUGCGGCUGCCGGUUCCCGCUGCUGCUCGCCCUGCUGCAGCUGGUCCUGGGCAUCGCCGUGACCGUGGUCGGCUUCCUCAUGGCGAGCAUCAGCUCCUCCCUGCUAGUCAGAGACACUCCAUUUUGGGCUGGGAUCAUUGUCUGCUUAGUGGCCUAUCUUGGCUUGUUUAUGCUUUGUGUCUCAUAUCAAGUUGACGAGCGGACAUGUAUCCAGUUUUCUAUGAAACUGCUGUACUUUCUGCUGAGUGCCCUUGGCCUGAUGGUCUGCGUGCUGGCUGUGGCCUUUGCUGCCCACCACUAUGUGCAGCUCACACGGUUUACCUGUGAGACCACACUUGACUCCUGCCAGUGCAAACUGGCUUCUUCCUCAGAGCCACUCAGCAGGACCUUUGUGUACCAGGAUGUGACUGACUGUUCCAGCGUCACUGGCACUUUCCAACUGUUCUUACUCAUCCAGAUGAUUCUUAACUUGCUCUGUGGCCUGGUGUGCUUGUUGGCCUGCUUUGUGAUGUGGAAACAUAGGUACCAGGUCUUUUAUGUGGGUGUCAGGAUGUGCUCCCUAACAACUUCCGAAAGCCAGCAGCAAAAGGUCUAAACAUUCUUGCUCAAAGUAGGGAGAGAAAACAGCACCCUCACUAGCCGAGCAUAAAAAAACAAAAUUUUUUUAAACAAAGGAAUAAAAGCCUUUUGAUAAUAAAUAAUAUUCAUUGUUCAAAAUGAAUAUUUUUAUAUUUUUCAAGAAAUAAAAGAGCAUUUUCUUA